UAUCUUCUGCUUUAAACUAUUGAAAGUCCGCUUGUUAUUGCAUAUUGAACUUAUUGCGCGCGCACGCACACACCACGCACACACACAUAUAUAUAUGCACAUAGUAGGCGUACGAUACAUAUACGCAUAACACUGUACAGUCCAAGCAUUCGUGUUUUUUUGCAUGGCAAUUCAAUGAAGGUAUAUUGCAGAGAUACUCUUCCGUCUCGUUCUAUCUCGUGCAGACAUGACGCAGAAUAGAAAGAGAGAGAGACAGUGUGUCUUCCUAAACCAUCUCUUUCACCUUUACUGCCAACGCAGCAUUACUCCAUGGACGAAAUGUUUGACCUAUAUGUAUGUGAUGUAUAUAUGCAUACAUGUGUAUUGACAUAUCACACAUACAUACGCACAUACGCGUAAUCAUUCUCCUGGAAAAUUUAAAUUGACAUUUGGAAAUUGAUUUAUUCAAUUUGCGCGUAACACUAUUUUAUUUUAUUUUCGUUAUAGUUUUUUUAUAUAUGUAUACGAUCUCCGAGCAUUGAUAAAAUCGUUAAAUCAUGGUUAAUUAUAAUAAAUUAAAUUAUGGACUCGGUAACUUUUCAGUUUCGAAUGCAUGAUGCUAGUUUAAUAAUAAUAAUGAACUUUUAAUUUCACUCUAAUAAUGUUUUCUAUAUUUAUUUCCAUUUCCCUGCUUCAAGAAGUGUCCGACUCUCUACAUAUCCAUCUCACUUUCCACGAAAAAUGCGAAAAAGAUCCAUUAAAGCAUGAACGCCAGAAGCCUUCAGACUCACGAGAGAAUUUCCCAGGAUUUUUUCAACACCGUACAAACCUGUUUUAAAUUCGACAAAACGCCGUGAUUUAAGCGUGGCGAGACGCGCGCGUUCCGCUACUCUUCCAAAUCCAAUCUCGAAACCUCGCCAACUGAUUCAUCGCGAUCCUCGUAAUGCCGAGUUCGUUUUACUGACAUUUUACCGUAUUUCAAGGGAAACGGAAUGGCUCAGUCGUCAAGUGAAGAAGGAAGAUCGCACGAAAAUGAGUGAAAAUUAAGUGAUGCGGCGAGAAGCGGACAGAUCUUUAAUUUACGCACCGCGAGAGUUAUCGGGAGUUAUCGACGGAACAGGCGCGAUAGCGGCCAUUUGCAUUCGCGAGGCACGGACUCGUCGGAACCCCGAAUGGAGAGCGAGCGAAUUGCCUCGAUUGCGGAACGCAUCUCAGCAUACGCGGCCAGCUUGUGAUCCUGGUCGUUUGUAAAAUGGCGAGGGCGAGUGACGACGUCUCGAGGAUCAUUUGCGCGAACACGACUCGGGAGAACGAGAAGAGGCUGCUCGAGGCACGAAUUAAGAACCAGGUAUUGCGCCAUAAGGGAAAGGAUCAGGUUAAGCAAGAUCUGAACAAACUGUUUAAUGAGCUCAAUCAAGCCGCAAAGCUGAGCCUGCUGAAGGAACUGGAACACUUCAGUCAGUCAUGCUACAAUCGCAGGAUUACGAGCGGCUUGUAUGGCCCAGUUCCAGGAUUUCCACCAGGAUCCUGGUGGGGCAUACGUAUGGACUGCUCCAGGGAUUGCAUACACGAGCCCUUCGAUGCUGAUAUACAUGAAGGACCGUUUGGUGUCAUCUCGAUUUGCACAUCGUCUACCAACGUAAACGAGGAUGUCGAUUUUGGUGAUUUUCUCACGCUCACAGGUCAGGUGUAUUGUGAGGAGCAACCCAACGUGGAUCCGUUCAUUUGCAACUACAAGAAUCAGAUACCGUUGAGAUUAAUCAGAAGCUACAAUCUGCAGGACGAUAUCGCGCCUAAUACCGGUUACAGAUACGACGGGCUCUACAUAGUCAUAGGCUGUUGGAUAGGUGCGGCUUCGGAUGGAACCAAGUACAACAAGUUCGCCUUGAUACGUCUCAUCGAUCAGGAGUCACCGAGCUGGAGCAGCAACGCUGCAGGAAAUCUCUCUUCUGCGCAACGUUGUAUCCCGUUCUCAACAAGAUCAAUUUGUUCGAACGCGUACGCUCUGAGAAGAUGUUCGCUCAACGGGAAACGGAAAUUUAGCCAGAGGGACGACCGUGAGAGUCUACCAGUGGAAACGUUGAAAACUGUGUCGUUGAUUGACACCAGCAGGAAGUCUACACCUGAAAGCUCAAUCGUCACGCGUCAUGUCUUUAAGAAGCCAGCGAACAACGUGGAGAACGCGAUCUCGACUUCUGUACCUGAUCGAAAGACGCUAACGUGCCUUGGUGCAUCGACUACUAAAACUCACAGUACAAACAUCUCGAUACGUAUGGGCUUGUACGAGUCGUCGCAUAACGCGCAAGACGCAAAGAAGAGCGUGUCGACAAUGUUACACAAACCGACCAAGUCGCUGGACAUUGCCAAUCGCACGUUGCUGGACGUAGAAAGUGUUCGUACGCCACUGAAAGAAGACAGCAAGAUCCCAGCAAGGAUGGACACGGAUAAGACGCGAGCUAAGCCUUCGCUAAGCGAGAGCGUAUCCUGUAAUGGGCACCUUGUGGCUGAAACCACAAACGCAGCCGAAAACACAAGCGAAAUUGCAUGUCCGGUGGUUAAACGGAGAAGGAAUCUUUGCGCGGUGCUCGAACAUUCGCUGGAAUAUUCACAACCAGCGUCUUCGUUGCCAGAUACCAUCAACGGUGAUGCAGAUAACGCGAUUGACUGCAAGGACAAAAUUCAGGAUACUCAGAGACAUUCGAACGAGCACAAAUUAAACUCGUCCAAUGAAUCGGCACGAAAACUAAGUUCCCUAAAUGGAUCAGUACAGAAAUCGAGUCCAUUUAAUAAAUCGGUACAGAAUUUAGGUUCUACGGAUGAGCCACCAAGUGAUUCGAUCACGACGCAAGACGAAAGACUUGCUAAACCACGCCAUGACGCUGCGGAGAUGUCGAGUGAAGUUCCGCUCUGCGCGCAAAACAUAAAAUCGUUGGACUCUCUGACGCCAGACAAGAUAUUGAAUUUGAUCAACAAGGAGAAGCAUCAUCCUUUGUCCAAGAUGUUGAUUGGAAAUGUGAUAGGGUUGACUCUCGAAGAAUGUGCAAUGUUGAACACGUCAAAGACGACAACUCUGGAUACCGAGAAUAAGACUUGCGCCAAAUUGCCAAAAGUGAAUCUUAAGAGGGAAAACGUGAAGGAGAACGUCGCCUGCUUGGACAACAGAAGAUACUGCAGAUAUUCCAGAUCAAAGCGAUUAGCUUGGAAAGUGACAAAGCAAUCGGAUACAGGAAAAUUAGAUAAAGUAUUACCUAGCGUGGACCGUCAGCCUUGCAAUGACGCGGGUGAAAAACGUAAUGGUAACGCGAGAGUAAGCAGUCGGAAUAACGUAUCCAAGAAAAACGAAUACUUAUCGUCGUUCCACGUGCAAACGUCGCUUCGGGCUAUCACGCGGCACACUCGUAGCUCGAACGACGUGAAGACUCGUCUGAGAGCUGACAAAGACGUGUUGGUCAAGCAGAAAUUUUCCAACUCGUCUAUCAAGAAGAACAGGUACAAGAAACGGGACAGAGAGGUUGCCAAUUUGUCUAUAGACGCUAAUUUCGGUCCUAUACCGCGCGGGCCCCGAAACAGGAGAUUACGAUGCGUAAACAGUACGUACGCGAACAAAAAGUGUUGCAGUACCGUAAUAUACUCGCCUAGCAAGCGAUACAAGUCUACCUUUAAGCGGAAGAGCAAGCUGACCAAGGUCAGUCGUCAACGUGCCAGAGACAGACAAGCCAAGGACAGAUACAGAGUGUCUAAUACUUUGCACGCAAAUAGUAAAGAUGUCAAUAACUCGAUCAAAAAGCAGAAAAAUUUCAAAAGUACUGCCAACAACAAUAAUAACUCUCAAAAUUGCAGUUACAGCGGUAAUGACGAGAACGAGAGGAAAGAGGGCAAGAGGACUGAGAAUAAAACCGUAACGAUCAACGUCGAGGACCGCAACGUCUCUAAAACCUCCUUCGACCGAAACCUGCGAAAGAAACUGGCGCGAACGGCGGUCCCUUUGUCGCAUCGCCCUGCUCAGACACCGCAUCUACACUGUUUCCGCAAAAAAGCCCAAGUCGAGAAGCCCAACACGACGGACGCGACGACGCAGUGCAGGCUCAUCUCCGAGCCGGAAAUCUACGUUAUCGGACACCUGGACGAUCACAGAGCCAUUUUGAAGAUGGAGUGGCCUAAAUUUAAGGAACUGAAGUCAGAAUCCGACGUCGUACGCGGCAAUCGGAGAUCCCGAGUUGGGCAGACGUCGCGAUUUUGUCAUGCUUCUGCAUUUACAGAGGGUAACGUGUGUUGUCACAAUCACGGCGCGGGUUCCAUGCAGGACAGAGGAUCAGCUUUCGUUCCUGUGCACAUGUUCGACAGCGAUCUGCGGAUCGCGCGGCUCAGGUCGAUAGGUUUUAAGCCUAUAAUUAAGCCGCUUAUCAGGAAUGACACAGAGAUCAUCGAGAACGCGUUCGUCAGCACGAGUAAAGUGACGAAGCGAGAUGUCGCCGAGGAAUACGACAAGUACACGAAUAACGAGGACAACAACGUGGUCGUCUACAUGGACGACGAGUUACAAUAUCAAGAUAUCGAGGAGGAGGAGGAGGAAGAAGAGGAGGAGGAGGAGGAGGACGACGACGACGACGACGACGAGAGUGCAUUAACGCGAGAACACAGGACAUCGUUAGUACCGAAUGUGACGACGAGAUCGACAUCAAAAGGCAUGCAAUCGAGAGACACUAGCGUACUUCUUCCGGAAACGUUACCGUCACGCGAGAACCUAGAAUCUCCUUGGCACGGUUGGAAAAAAAUUGUGACUAACAAUAGAUCGUAUUGGAUUGGUUGGUAAUUGGAUUCUAUAGAUUCACGCGACUUCACAAUUGGAGGUGCUUUAACAUUACCGCGAUCCUAAAAAUAAAUUAUGUUAUUCGAGUUUGUACAAUAUUAUACCUUUAUUUUUUUUUGCCAAAAAUUAAAAAGGCUGUUGAUAACAUACUAAAUUAUUCUUCUAACAAUAAUAGUACGAUAUUCAAGUUGACUAAUAUAUUUUUAAGAAAGCUUCGAUAGAUUAUUAUCGAUAUAGUUAUGUAAUUAAAAUUUCUUAUAUAUACAUAUAAAUUAUUCUAUACAUAUAUAAAUAGAUGUAUGUAUAUUUUCUCUACAAGUUUGAGAUAUUAUUAACAGAUGUUUUACUUGUAAAUAAAUAAUAUUCUAUGCAUAUAAUCAUUUCGUCUCUUUAUUCUGAGAUGUAGUAGGACAAUAAAAUUUGUUCACAGA